AUGCCUCUGGUUUUCUGCCCCAACUGCAGCAAUGCGCUGACAAUCGCUCGCGCUGACUCUACCAACCAACAUCCAAUGGGUGUGAACCGCUUCGAAUGCCGAACCUGUCCCUACGAGUGGGCGCUAGAAAAGAAGUGGUAUGACCGCACCGACAUGAAGCAGAAGGAGGUUGAGGAGGCGCUUGGUGGCAAGGAUGAGUGGAAGAAUGCGGACAGUGUGGCCACUCAAUGCCCGAAGGAAGGGUGCAAUGGUGAGCGAGCAUACUUUUACCAGCUGCAGAUUCGCAGUGCAGACGAGCCGAUGACUACAUUCUUGCGGUGUGUGAAAUGUGCAACCCAGUGGAGAGAAAACUAA